AUGAAAUGUUCUGAAGAAUCAACGAGUCGAAACUUUCAAGAAUGGUGGACAUUCAAAUAUGGUAUGAUAUUCAAAAAUAAUAAAGCGUUAUAUGUACUGUGUUCAGAAAGUGUUGUAUGUCGGACUUCAUCUGUCAAACGUCAUUUUGAAACUAUUCAUAAAACACUGUUAACAAAAUCUGCCGAUGAACUAAAAUAUUUUAUUUCACGUGCACUAUCAAAUAAAGAUGCACAAAGUGAUAAAUUAAUUAAAUUUGUUAAAAAAUCUGACAAUUUAGUGUCUGCCAGUUUUGAUGUUGCAAAGUCUAUCGCUGUUCGGGGAAAACCGUUUAGUGAUGGAGAUUUUAUUAAGAUGUCGUGGUUAGAUUGCGCUGUUAACCUUUUUCAAGACUUUGAUAAUAAAGAUGCAAUUAUACAACGUAUUAAAGACUUGUAA